AUAUGUUUCUCCCUGCACCCGGGACAUGCUCUUGUCGAUACCGCCGCGCUUAUCGAUGAAAUCAUCACUCCGACACAAGACAUAUCGGCACUCCCAGUGAGGAUUGAGGAACAUGACAGAUGGGCUGUGAUUGGACCGGGGGACAGGCUUCUGUUUUGGGUCCCGCCAAACUAUGAUCCCCUGUGGUGCCCUCCGGGGACGCAAUGGGUUGUCCCAGCGCUCAACCCUUUGCUUGAUCUCAGCCGAAUGGCCCACGGAUUAUCAUGGGAGUCUUGUUAU